AUGGCCAUCCAUUCUCAAAAAGAGGCUUUGAUGUGCAAGGUUUUCUUGUCCAGCAUAGGACCCGUGGCGAUGAGGUGGUUCAACAGCUUGAAAACGGACUCCAUAGAUUCCUACAAGCAGCUCACCCAAGCCUUUAGCUCUCGUUUCAUUACGAACAGCAGGGCUCCUCUGCCUCUGAGUUCAUUGUUGUCAUUGUCCAUGCGUGAAGGAGAAACUUUAGAAGCAUACUCGGACAGAUAUUGGGAAAUGUACAACGAGAUGGACGGCAACUAUGACGACGUUGCCAUCAGCACGUUUAAAAGUGAUCUCCCCACCGAGCAUGAUUUGAGGAAAUCCUUGACUGGUAAGCCUGUUACCAGCGUUCGUCAACUUAUGGACUGGAUUGACAAAUACAAAAGGGUGGAAGAGGACCAACUACAAGGGAAAGGAAAGGAGAAGAUCAUUCCUCAUAAGAGGAAUGAUUUCAGGUUUGAACGAUGCAACAAUAACCAUCCGAGGAGAGAUUUCGCAGGGCAAUCAGGAUCAGCCAACACGCAAAUAGUUAACGCCGUAUUCAAAGAACCGGUACACCAGGUUUUAGAGAAAGUCAAGAAUGAGCCAUUCUUCAAGUGGCCGAAUAAGAUGGCUGGAGACUCUUCAAAGCCAACUAGAGUCUGUAUUUUCAGUACCACCAAGACCACGGACAUACUACCGAAGACUGCAAGAACCUAUGGAACCACUUGGAUCAGUUGGUCCGAGAAGGGAAAUUGA